UCAUUUGCAUUUAUAUAAAGAAAACAACUUUAAAUAUUUACAAUUAAGCUCCCCAAGAUCUCACUCAACAUCAACACACUAAAAAAAAUGGCAAUAUCAACCCUCCUAAUACCUUAUAAUUCACCAUUCAUUAUAAGUUUUUUUAUAAGAAAAUCUUACAAAUGGCCCAAUGCAAGACCAACAAAUCUCCCCAACCGCCGCCGCCGCAGCCCCCUCCGGCGAAUCCCCUCCAUCCCUCCGCCGCUUCAUCGCCCUCCUCCGAACCCACACCUCCCUCCCCCACCUCCGGCAAACCCACGCCCUCUCCCUCCGCUCCGGCAUCCCUCUCUCCCAUCCCCUCCUCACCAAACACCUCAUCUUCUCCCUCAUCUCCCUCCCCUCCCCUCCCCUCCCCUACGCCCAACUCCUCCUCUCCCUCCUCCCCAACCCUAAUCUCUUCACCCUCAACACCAUGAUCCGCGGCUACUCCGAAAGCCCCCAUCCCUCCCCCGCCCUCCUCCUCCACCGCCGCAUGCACGCCGCCUCCCUUCCUCCCGACACCCACACCUACCCUUUCCUCCUCAAGGCCUGCGCUCGUCUCCUCGACCUCCGGCACGGUGAGUCCGUUCAUUCUCUCUCCGUCAAGAACGCCCAUGUCUCGUCUGUCUUCGUGCAGAACUCGCUCCUGCAUUUCUAUGGAGCCUGCGGGCUCUUCGAGUCCGCGCACCAGAUGUUCGAGGAAAUGCCCGACAGAAAUGUUGUCAGUUGGAACUCUGUUAUCAAUGGCUUUCAGCUUCAGAAAGUGAUAUAUACCUCUUUUAUACACAGGUAAGAAGAUGGCGUUAAGCCUGACGGAUUCACCAUGGUCAGUCUUCUCAACGCCUGCGCGGAGCUCGGUGCCCUCUCCCUUGGCCGCCGCCUUCACCUCUACAUCAUCAAGUCCGGCCUGUAUCACAAUUCGCAUGUAGGCAACGCUCUGAUCGAUCUCUACUCGAAAUCCGGCGUCGCGGUCGAUGCUCGGAAGGUGUUUGAUGAAAUGCCUCACAGAACUGUUGUCUCAUGGACCUCCCUGAUUGUCGGCCUAGCUGUCAAUGGUUUCGGCAAGGAAGCUCUCUGGUUGUUCUCAAUAAUGGAGAUUGAGAAGCUGAGGCCGACCGAGAUCACUCUCGUCGGAGUCCUUUACGCCUGCAGCCAUUGCGGCAUUGUCGACCAAGGUUUCCGAUUCUUCAACAAGAUGAGAGAUGAAUACGGCCUAGUCCCAAGAAUCGAGCACUACGGAUGCAUGGUGGAUCUCCUCGGACGUGCCGGGCUCGUCGACAAAGCUCACGAGUUCAUUCUAGACAUGCCGAUGGAGCCGAACGCCGUCGUAUGGAGGACCCUGCUUGGGGCUUGCGCGAUGCACAAGCGAGUUCGACUGGGUGAGCUCGCUUGGACUCGGCUCACGGAACUGGAUCCUGGACACAGCGGCGACUACGUCCUGCUAUCUAAUUUGUAUGCAGGUGGGAACAGAUGGGCAGACGUGCAGAAGCUGAGGAGGAGCAUGAUCAAAGGAGGGGUGAAGAAGACUCCUGGGCACAGCCUCCUGGAGCUGGGCAACAAGGUCUAUGAUUUCAUGAUGGGAGACCGAUCGAAUCCCGAGACCGAUUUGAUAUAUGCGAAGCUCGAAGAGAUUGCAAAGCGGCUGAGGAAGGAAGGGUAUGUCGCGCGGACGACGAACGUGCUGGCCGACAUAGAGGAGGAGGAGAAGGAGACUGCUCUGGGCUAUCAUAGUGAGAGGUUGGCCAUUGCCUUUGGCUUGAUGAAAUCUGCUCCUGGUGCUGGGAUAAGGAUAGUGAAGAAUUUGAGAGUUUGUGAGGAUUGUCAUUUGGCCAUUAAGCUUAUUUCAAAAGUGUAUGGGAGGGAGAUUGUUGUGAGGGAUAGGAGCAGAUAUCAUCAUUUUAGUGAUGGAGUUUGUUCUUGUAAGGAUUAUUGGUAGAUUGAGGUAAAAUAGUGAAAAAG